UGUAGAGAAGGAGGAGCCGUGUGUUAAUGCAAGCGCGAGUCACAGCCUGAGCGCUACAGGCGUUAGGAGAUUAUGUGGUUGAGGUUUUCACGUUUCCGUCCUCUUGCGUCACGUUAAACUUGGUUUUCUGGCGUCCCAGUGGAGUUCGUUAGCUGUUUACCAUAGGUAGUCAGGGUUUUUGUUGUUGUUUGUAAAUAAUUCUUGAUCCAGGUCAGUGGAUAAGUUGCAUGCGCGUGCGGCGAGAGCGCUUGAGAAAGUGAAGCGCGCGAGGAACAGGGCGAAGAGCCGAAGGGAUGGUGGACAACUCCAGCAGCGACAAGACUCAAAUGGAGAGCAGUUUAGGAGGCAGCGUUUACCCUCAGGGAGGUGCAGCGGGGGUGAAGCUCGAAGCCGUGAUGGAGCAUUUGCAGCGGCAGCAGCAGGCGCGUUUGGAGAUGGAGCGUAAGGAACGGCGCUUGCGCGACGCUCAUCUGAUGUACGCUCAGCAAGUGGCUGCUCAGCAUGCCAUCCUGGCGGCGGCUCGAGUCUCGGCACUGGGAAACAGCGGUAAAGCCCAGGUGCACGGGGUUGCCCUGGACGAAGUCGCUCGGGGCAGGGACUCGGGCGACGACGACGACGAUGUCGAUGCCGAAAACGAUGACGAAGAGGAACCGGUGGCCGAUGACGGCAGCGACGAAGACGAGGAGGACGGCCCAGUGAGCGGGCUGGAGUUUUUGCGCAAGCAGACGCUGGCGCUGCAGCAGAGCACCAUGGCUAGGCAGUUUACCGGCUACGCUUCUGGCACUGCAGUAGCGAGAGACGACUCAUCUCCCGUCAGGGUCAAAGAGGAGCCGGAGGACGACCUUUCACCUGCUGGUCCGCAAACCGCCACAUCUCCAAACGGACAGGCCGACUGGGGCUACGACGAACACUUCAAACAGAACGGCAGUGGUGUGUGGGGAGAGGAAUCGGACAGCAACAGAUCGAGAGGAGAGGCCUCCAGAGACUUCGCCAAGUUGUAUGAGCUGGACAACGACCCCAACAGGAAAGAGUUUCUGGAUGAUCUCUUCACCUUCAUGCAGAAAAGAGGAACCCCGGUGAACCGGAUCCCCAUCAUGGCCAAGCAGGUGCUGGACCUGUACAUGCUCUACAAGCUGGUGACGGAGAAAGGAGGCCUGGUGGAGGUCAUCAACAAGAAGAUCUGGAGAGAAAUCACCAAGGGCCUCAACUUACCCACCUCCAUCACCAGCGCCGCCUUUACACUCCGUACACAGUAUAUGAAGUACCUGUACCCGUACGAGUGUGCACGCAAAAGCCUGAGCUCUCCCAGUGAGCUCCAGGUCGCCAUCGACAGCAACCGGCGAGAAGGGCGUCGCCCCAGCUACAGCAGCAGUCUGUUCCGCUUUAGCUCUUCCCCUAGCUCCGCCCCUCACAUUCUCUCUCCUCCCAAAAUGCACCUGGCUGCUUUGGGUGCCGGAGCUGCAGCAGCACUGAACGGCCUGCAGGGGGCAUCAGUAAACUCACUCAAGGCUCUGGAAGACGCCGCCCCGUCUCUGCUGGCGGCUCGCGCCCCGGCCAUGGCUCUGGCUCUGGGGCCACAGCAAGUGGCAGGACUGGCUCGGGCGGCCACAUUGGAGCAGCUGAGAGAAAAGCUGGAGACCGGUACAGGACUCGGAGUCUCCGAGGGGCCGGAAAGGAAGAUGGCGCGUCUAGCCGAGGAGCAGCAGAGACUCAUGCAGCAGGCACUUCAACACAACCUGCUAGCCAUGGCAUCCAACAUGCCCAUGAACCUGCGCAUGGGUCUGACACCAAGAGAAGAUAAGCACGACCUGGCCUUGAGCAUUUCCUCCACAGGGUCUGCCAGCAUCAGCGUAUCUGUAGAGGUGAACGGCGUCGUCUACUCAGGAACUCUGUUUGCUCAGAAGCCUGCGUCGGUGGCUGCGUCUUCUGCAGCCAGCAUGUCGUCCGUGACGCCCAGCACCACCUUCACCUUCCCCAGCCACAGCCCGUCCUCCUCCACCUCCUCUUCCUCUAAAGGUCCCAGCUCGGCCGAGCCGUCCACCAGCGGCUCACCGUAGCGGAGGACGAGGCCUCCGCCGCCCAGGCUUCAGCCUCUUCCUCCAGGCCUAGGCACGACCGCAACACGCCUCGCACGGAUGUUUUUAAAAAAUCAGACUGUUACACAACCAGUACCUCAUUUACUUCGUGCCAGCCUCGGCUGUCUAUACAUGUCCAGACAUAUUUAAUACACACACACACACACACGUACAUACACACAGACAUGCACAAAAUACUCAUUCACAAACACUGUGCUAAAUAAAACGCUAAACACAA